UUGGCAACACAGUCACGGACAAACAAAGGCACUGUCUUCAAUGGGCUGUGCUUGUGCGUGUGUGGGGGGGUGUUAGAAACAAACAAAUAAAUGUCUAACGGGUGACAGCGAAGCUGUGACAAAAAUGUCAAGGCAAGAAGCGAGUCGGAGAGUGAUGGGGUUGCGUUUUCAGACAGGAGCUCAGAAGGGGCUAAAGUGGCCUUACGCAGAGAAUUAAAGGAAGUGCAGGAGGAAGCCGCACAGGCAGGGAAACAAAGGCAGUAAGAACAAAGGCCCUGCGCGGUCACUUCACACUGUUUUCUUCCAUCUUUAGACCAGCCCUGCAAACGUGCGUAUCGCGUCUCCCAGGCGAAGAUGUGAAAAGAGAGACUCAGCAAGAAAAAGCAACUUGCCCAAACUAGAGCUGGUCCUCGCUGGCACCGGAGUCAAACUCCGAUCCUCUGAUCUCAGAGGCGGUGCUGGGAACCGGGGCCGUGUGCAAUGGACAGUGUGAGAUGUUGCCGGAGGAGCAGAGAAGUGGGCACGCGGCUCCAGUUGAGACAACACUUCCUCUAGGAAGCAUUUGCUGAUUCCUCCAGACUUGGGGGAGCUUCCCUGCUAUUUCCUCCCAUAACGUCUGCAUCCUUAUCCAGCACUUUAAAUUUUGUACUGAAAUUGUCUGUUUUCUGGAGCUCCUCGCAGGCUAUACAUUCUUCGGGGGCAGGGCCAGUGUCUUGACUUUGCUUUCCUCUUCUGAAAUGAAAGAUGUCUCAGUGUGCCAUCCUCACUGGUUCUCCUUGAGUUGUCGUUGUCCGUGAGGUUAUGAGCGUCCUGACUCUCACUUCCACCUAUGCAGCCAUAUGCCCCAAACUGGACCCACGUAACGGAGUUUGUCAUAGUGGGCUUUGCUGGGGUGCAUGAAGCACGCCCCCUCUUCUUUACACUCUUCCUCACCAUGUACCUAUUCACCCUGGUGGAGAACUUGGCCAUCAUCGUGGUGGUGGCUUUAGACCACCGGCUACGUAGACCCAUGUAUUUCUUCCUGACGCACUUGUCCUGCCUUGAAAUCUGGUACACUUCGGUGACAGUGCCCAAGAUGCUGGCUGGUUUUAUUGGGGUAGGUGGGGGCAAGAACAUCUCCUAUGCUGGCUGCCUGUCCCAGCUCUUCAUCUUUACCUUCCUGGGGGCAACGGAGUGUUUCCUACUGGCUGCCAUGGCCUAUGACCGCUAUGUGGCCAUUUGUAUGCCUCUCCGAUAUGCGGCCUUGGUGUCGUGGGGCGCCUGCGUCCGUCUGGCCGCUGCUUGUUGGCUGGCAGGCCUCCUCACACCUGUUUUGCCUAUCUACCUCAUGUCCCAGCUGACGUUUUGUGGCCCCAACGUCAUCGACCACUUCUUCUGUGAUGCCUCACCGCUGCUAGCCUUGUCCUGCUCAGAUGUCACCCUGAAGGAGACCACAGACUUCCUCGUUUCUCUGGCGGUGCUCCUGGCCUCCUCUACGGUUAUUUCUGUGUCCUAUGGCAACAUCGUCUGGACGUUGCUGCACAUCCAUUCAGCUGCUGAGCGCAGGAAGGCCUUCUCCACUUGUGCAGCUCACCUGACAGUGGUGAGCCUCUUCUAUGGCACUCUUUUUUUCAUGUAUGUCCGGACCAAAGUGGCCUCCUCCGUCAACUUCAACAAGGUGGUGUCUGUCUUCUACUCCAUUGUCACGCCAAUGCUCAACCCCCUCAUCUAUAGUCUUCGGAACAGGGAGGUGAAGGGAGCUCUGGGCCGAGCCUUGUCCCUCAGGUCUUGGAAAGGUCAGCAAGGAGGAAGGUGAAGACCUAAUUUUCUUGCCUUGGCUCUUCAGAAGGAGGGUGGUGAGGACGAGGCGACAGAGCAGUGACCUGGGUGGUCAUGAGUUAUAGAUUAUGUAUUAGUUAAAGUAAACUGUUAAUCUGGUGUAAUGAGAGACACCUGGCUAUAAAGGGGCUUAAAGAAGGAAAGAGAUUUGUUCUUUCCUGCAAGAGUCCAAGGUGAGUGCUUCAGGUUGGCUCUGCUCAACAGGCAACGAUGGAAGUUCCCUCAUUCCAUAGUGUCAACAUCCCUUAGGAUUUGGCAAACUAAGUGCCGUGGGCCAAAUUCAACUCGACACUUGUUUUUAAUGAGCUGUAAGCUAAGAAUGGUUUUUAGACUUUUAAAUGGUUGUAAACAAAUCAAAAGUAAAAUAAUAUUUCAUGACA